AUGGCACGGUACGAUAACGAAUCGCCCGCAAUUAAAUUGUACCAUCUGCGCAAUUCCCUCAUCGGCAAAGCAGCCGGCAUAAUUGACCAAGACAUUAUUAAUAAUAAUGAUUAUGCAGCGGCGUGGGCGAUUCUGACUGAGCGGUUUGAGGAUAAACGUCUGAUCGAAGAUAAACACAUCGAGGCGCUGUUCACCCUACCGAAAGUUCAGAAGGAAAACUCGGUAGAUCUCCGAAAGCUUGUGGACACGUGUGUGAAAAAUGUUGAAGCGUUGAAGAAACUAGGUCUGCCAAUAUCCGGUUUAGGGAAACGCAUGUGUCGGAUCCUGGAGAAAAUGGAAGCCAACUCUAAAACAGUGGACAAUAUGAAGCCGAUUCGACCGGCAGUGAAAUCGAGAACUCUAGCUAUGACAAGUGAACAGAAGUGUACCAUGUGUGACUACAAACACGAACUGUAUAAGUGCGAACAAUUUAAAAAGAACAGUGUUAAUGAAAAGUACAACCAUCUCCGAAAGUUUGGAUUGUGUUUUAACUGUAUGCAGAAAGGGCAUCGUACGACCGAUUGCUCUUCUUCGAACUCUUGCCGGAAAUGCAGUAAGAGGCACCAUACCUUGCUGCACCCAGAAGAGAAGAAGCAUGAUGAAACGCAGGUGAAAACGUCCCCGGAUGAUUCGAGUUCCCAUUUGACAGACGAGCGUAGAGCUCGUUCUGAGCUGCCCUCUGCUGGCACGCCCGAAACCGACCGUAGUGAACAGAAUAUCACAAUGUGCACAACGGUGGUUACUUCGAAGAAACAGACUCUUCUUUCGACGGCUGUGGUACUAGUUUACGGUCGAAGCAGUGUGCCAUUUCUGUGUCGAACGCUAAUCGAUUCGUGUUCGCAGAAUAAUUUCGUCACCGAAAAGUUCGCCAAUUUGUUGGCAUUGAAGAAGCACGCUACGGAUUAUCAAGUUAGCAGCUUGAAUGGUGGAUCCACUAGAAUCCGUCAUGUUCUACGAACUACGAUCAAGUCUCGCCAAUCGGAGUAUUCGGCGGAGCUUGAAUUUCUAAUCGCACCGAAGAUCACUGAUCACUCGUUCGACAUUUCGCACUGGAAUUUGCCUGCACAUCUCGCACUGGCCGACCCAACUUUCAAUAAGAAGAGUCGUGUGGAUAUGCUAUUGGGUGCGGAAACAUUCUGGGAUUUGAUGAAAGAAGGACGAAUGAAGCUGGCUGAAAAUCUUCCAUUGCUCUCUGCUACCGAACUUGGAUGGGUAGUCGGAGGUGUGCUAUCCGAAAAGAAAUCAAUCAUAGCAAGAAUGUUCUGUAACGUAAUCGAAGAAGAAGAUUUAAAUGCCACUUUGCGGCGUUUCUGGAGUAUUGAAGGAGCAGACAACUUUCGUACUGUGACGACAAAGAUACCAAAUGACUGCAUUGAACAUUUCUUGCGUACCCACGAGCGAGAUUCCGAAGGCAGAUUUACUGUACGGUUGCCUUUCAAUGAACGAAAGGAUGAACUAGGCGAAUCAUUCGACAUGGCGAAAAGGCGCUUCCUUGGUUUGGAACGUAGGUUAGACCAUCAUCCGGAAUUGAAAGAGGAAUAUUCUGCGUUUAUCAAGGAAUACGAAGAUCUCGGCCAUAUGCGAGAAAUUGAAGCAAACGUGAAUGAAAUUCCAGGGUCCAAUUAUUAUUUGCCACACCACUGCGUGCUACGACCAGGUAGCCUUACGACCAAAUUAAGAGUCGUCUUCGAUGGGUCAGCGCCAACAUCCACAGGUGUUUCGAUAAACGAUGUGUUGCAAGUUGGACCUGCCAUGCAAAACGAUCUGGAAUCUAUAAUAUUGAAUUUUCGAGUCUUUCGGUAUGUCUUCACUGUAGAUAUUCUAAAAAUGUUCCGACAGGUUUCGGUCCAUGCUAGCGAUACUCCAUAUCAACGUAUACUGUACCGAACGAAGCGCACUUCUCCACUUAAGAUUUUCCAGUUGCAAACUGUUACAUACGGUUUAGCUUCAUCGCCGUUUCUUGCCACCAUGUCACUAUUUAAACUUGCGGAAGACGGACAACAAGAGUUUCCAGCGGCUGCAGCAGUUAUCAAGCGGUCGUGUUACAUCGAUGAUGCUUUAAGCGGUGGCCAUACAAUUGAAGACACGGUAAAGCUAUGCACAGAACUCGAGAAGCUGCUAUAUUCUGGUGGAUUUGAAGCGCACAAAUGGUGCUCUAACACACAGAAGGUCCUACAGCAUAUUCCAACUGAUUUGAGAGGAAACGAUUUUAAUGUGAAGGAUGGAAACACCUCUUAUGUCAUCAAAACACUCGGCAUUUCAUGGAAUCCGGAAGAGGACUGGUUUACUAUGCAGGUGGAGCCAGCAAGGAACGAAAGCGAAGGUAUUUCCCGUAAGAAGAUUUUGAGCGACAUAGCGAAAAUUUUUGAUCCGCUGGGAUUUGUGGGUCCAGUAAUUACUGCAGCCAAGUUGAUAUUUCGGGAAGUUGGAAUGCUGAACAUCAAUUGGGAUGACGAAGUGCCCGAACAUCUUGCAAAACGAUGGCGUAAUUUUCGAGAGGAGCUCUACGUACUGAACAAUCUGAAAAUACAACGGUGGAUCAUCUGCGAAAACAUGGAUCGUCUGGAGCUGCACGGAUUCGGAGAUUCAUCUGACGAUGCGUAUGGGGCCUGUCUCUAUACGCGCCUUGUGCAAAACAACGGUGCUGUUACCAUGAAGCUUGUGUACAGUAAAUCCCGACUUCUACCAAAAAAGGCUGGUAAGGCCAAAGCUAUAACUACCCCUAGAGCGGAGCUAAUGGCAGCUGUCCUAUUAUCUCGUAUGGUAGCCAAAGUUAUUGAUGCCAUCGAUCUUCAUUUCUCCUCGAUAACUUUGUGGAGCGAUUCUACGAUCGUUCUUAGCUGGAUUCAGAAAUCUCCUGCUACACUUCAGCAGUUUGCAUCGAACAGAGUCAGUGAGAAACAGCAGCUCACGAAGCAAUACAAUUGGCGGUACAUACCUACAAACCACAAUCCAGCGGAUCUAAUAUCGCGAGGUGAGCGUCCUAGAAAGUUGAUCGACCAAUGCGUGUGGUGGAACGGUCCUAAAGGCUACAAAUGUUUGGGAGGUUGA